AGCGUCAACAUGAGCCGCAGUCCAGAGAGAAUGUCUUCUUACCGCCGGCAUUUCGAGGGCACAUUUACCGGCCCUCCUGCCUUCCAACUCCGGGUGUCGAGUCCCUCUCCCCCCACCCGCAGGGACACCCGCCACCGGUCGGCCAGCUACACCCGCAGUGGUGGGAUGAUGGGGCGCAGGGCCCUCUCCGACAAGGCUCGCAUGACCAGCAGUGUGAGUAUGGGAGCGCUGUGCUUUGGUAUGUCCAUUGGGCUUGGCCCAAAACUGGACCUGGAAGCAGCUGCAGCAGAGAACCAGGCCUUCAUGUCGACUCGCAGCUCUGAGAGGCAGGAGAUGGUGGCCCUCAACGACCGUCUGGCUGCGUACAUUGAAAAGGUGCGAAACCUGGAGUCACAAAACAAGCUGCUGGAGGCUGAGAUUGAGGUCCUGAAGAGCCGUCAUGUCAGACCAUCAGGCCUCAGGCAGCUGUACGAGUCUCAGCUGAGAGAGCUCAACAAGGACGCAGAGAAAAUGAAAAUCCAGAGGGAUAUGUCUUUGGCUGCCAAGGAGGCCAUGUUGGGCCAGUUGGACACGCUGAAGGCGAAAUACGAUGACGCUGUGGGAGCUCGCAAAAAGACAGAGCUUGACAUUGAAAAUCUCCGUCCGGAUGUGGAUAGAGCAACUUCAGCACGAAUCGCGUUGGAGAAACAGCUGGAAAACCUGGAGGCUGAGCUGGCCUUCCUGCAGAGAGUUCACAAGGAGGAAAUUGAGGAGCUGGUGCAGCAGAUCUACUCAGCAACCGCUAAGGUGGAUGUGAGCUUCGGCCUCCCAGACAUGUCCUCUGCUCUCAGGCAGAUUCAGUCUCAGUAUGACAGCAUUGCCGCCCAGAACCUACAGGAAAUGGACACUUGGUAUCGCACAAAGUUUCAGGACCUGACCGACGCCUCCGCCAAACACGUUCAAAGCACUCGAAGUGUGAGAGAGGAAAUCGCAGGCUUUAAGAAGGAUCUACUUAGCAAGGAGCGUGAACUGGAGGUGCUGAAGACGAGGAACGAGUAUUUGCAGGCCCAGAUUCGUGAUGGAGCAGAAAAAUUCAAGAAGAAGGAGGAGGAGCUGCAGGAGCGUAUAGUGGCAAUUGAGUUGGAUCUGAAGCUAACCAAGGAGAAGAUCGCCCUGCUGAUGCGGGAAUACCAGGACCUGCUGAACGUUAAGAUGGCUCUGGAGAUUGAGAUCACCACCUACAGGAAGUUGAUCGAGGGGGAGGACAGCCGUCUGAGCACCAUGGUCAGAAACCUGUCCCUGACUGGAGGCAUGCAUCUCACUUCCAGCGUUAGUGUGCAUGCUGCCUCAGCCUCAGCCUCAGCCUCAGCCUCAGCCUCUGAUAGCUCCGCCUCUGCAGCCACUUCAAAGAUAGACAAAGGCCCCACUGCCUCGACCAGCGGCAAGGAUGAGAAAUCUGGGGGUGCUGCACGAGUGGAGAUGUCCUCCUCAGACACCCAGACCGACGGUAGCUUAGAGGAGCAGGCGACCGAGCUGUCUGAGAGGAAGACCGUCCUCAUCAGAACAGUUAAGACAGAUGAGGACACUUAUGAGAGCGACACACAGGAGCGCACCAUCACUAUUUCUGGAGCAGCGGACGACACAGAUGAAGAAUAG